AUGUCCAGCAGAAUUACUGAUGAUAAUCAUUGGUCUUGUGAGCAAUGUACCUAUGCGAAUGUCAGAUCUGCCACUGCAUGCCAGAUGUGUAUCCGCGUCUUCACUCGUGAAGGAAAUGAUCUGGUAGCCACUCAGAAGAUCUCUCUUGCAGAAGCAUUAUCCGGCUGCACAGUGAAUCUCACGACACUUGAUGGUAGAAACUUGACUAUAAUCGUCAACAAUGUCGUUCAUCCUGAGUAUGAGGAAGUUGUUCCAAGAGAAGGAAUGCCACUGCCAAAGGAUCCAACAAAGAAGGGAAACUUGAGGAUAAAGUUCAACAUCAAAUUCCCACCUCGGCUCAAUGCAGAUCAAAAAUCGGGAUUGAAGAAAGUCUUGGCUGCAUAA